AUGGCUGCUCCCUCUGCUCCCACAAAGGAAACUAUCGGAAAAACUAAUGUUCCCCAACGAAUGGCGAAGCAAAACGUGCAUGUCCACUUCGAAGCCGGUCUACCGGACGACGAUCUGAACGAAUCAAGUGAUGACGAAGGCGCUCCUAUUCUUGAGGAUGAAGACAAAAGCUCUGCUGAGUCUCACACGUCAUCGAAUCAUGGCAUUUCGAGCCGAAUUCAAAAGCGAAAAAUGCCAGUGCGAAGGCCGACGGCCUAUGUUUAUGGCAGAGAACCGAUACAGCAGAAGAAUGACGACAACAAAACAACGGAGCAGGCAAAAAGCAGCGAAACUCCAUCGCGGCCCUCUCCUGAGAAAGCAAAGAAGCCUUCCACAUUGGAACAACGACUUCGAGAACUUUCGAUGAAAUACAAGCAACAAGAGCAAUCUCCUGAGCGCGAACGGUCAUCAACAUUGCUCCCGAAAUCACUUACUAAUGUCAAGAAGAAAUAA